GCAGCUCCGGGAGACUAAGGAGGAGCUGCUGCAAGGUCGACAACAGCAUCCUGCUCUUAACAACAAGAGGGAGACGGAAUUUAGUCCAGAAGCCGUGCGAGUUAAAGUAUCGAGGGUUUUGGGGGAUUUUCAGCCGCGGAAGACGGAGGAGGAGAGUGGCCAAAAGUUUCCCGGCUGUACCCUCAUGUUCAGAGGCAGCUAACGAGCUACUAGCGCUCGUUGCUUUGCGCGUGCUCAUCCGCUUGGGAGAGGAACAGUUGACUGUUUGUCAGUUGGGCGUCCCUUCAGCACUUCAUCCACUUAGUUUGUGGGCCAUAGCGUGUUUUUAUCCCACGCGGUUUUCCCGUUGUGUGUGCCAUGUCAGCUCCAUCCCCAACACCCCCUGCCUCGGCAGAAAAUGAUUUUCUAGCACCGGACGCGGGGGGGGCGAGGCCGCCGGGUCCGACGCCCAGCCAGAGCCGCUUCCAGGUGGACAUUGUGACCGAGGCGGCUGGAGCCUCCGAGGAUAAGUCUCCGAGCUCCGACGCCUCCACUGCUGUCCCAUCCGGCGAUAAGGCCACAGAGGGUUCUGGUGCUGACCCGGGCGGAGAGGAAGCAAAAGGCCGGUUUAAGGUGGUGAACUUCGCGGAUCCGAGUGCGGCGGGAAGCCCGGCCUCUCCAGAGCCGGCUGACGGGCUGCAGAACGGGGACACGGUGAUGAGUGAGACCAGUUUGCAUUCAUCCACAGGGGGCCAGCAUCACUAUCACUAUGACACCCACACCAACACCUACUACCUGAGGACUUUUGGGCACAAUACCAUCGAUGCGGUGCCCAACAUCGAUUUUUACCGGCAGACAGCAGCGCCGCUGGGGGAGAAGCUGAUCAGACCCACCCUGUCGGAGCUGCACGAUGAGCUGGACAAGGAGCCGUUUGAGGAUGGGUUUGCUAACGGAGAUGAGCUCAGCCCGGCUGAGGAGGCCGCGUCUAAAGAAGCGGCCGAGUCCAAAGGAGUGGUUAAGUUCGGCUGGGUCAAGGGAGUGCUGGUGCGCUGCAUGUUGAACAUUUGGGGUGUGAUGCUCUUCAUCCGCAUGUCAUGGAUCGUGGGUCAGGCUGGAAUCGCUCUCUCCUGUUUGAUCGUCGGCAUGGCUACUGUAGUGACCACCAUCACUGGGCUCUCCACCUCCGCCAUCGCCACAAACGGAUUCGUACGAGGAGGCGGAGCGUAUUACUUGAUUUCCAGGAGUCUGGGCCCGGAGUUCGGAGGCUCCAUCGGUUUGAUCUUUGCCUUCGCCAACGCAGUGGCUGUAGCCAUGUAUGUGGUGGGCUUUGCUGAAACCGUUGUGGAGCUGCUUGCUGGCGUAGAUGCUCUCAUGACGGAUGAAGUCAACGACGUCCGCAUCAUCGGCACCAUCACAGUGAUCCUUCUCCUGGGCAUCUCUGUGGCCGGCAUGGAAUGGGAGGCCAAGGCCCAGAUAUUCUUGCUCAUUGUCCUUAUCGCGGCCAUCAUCAACUACUUCAUCGGAACAUUCAUCCCCAUCAAGUCCAAGGAAGCUGUGGGCUACUUUGGAUACGACGGUGACAUCAUGUGGGAGAACAUGGGUCCUGACUUCCGAGGCGAGACCUUCUUCUCCGUGUUCGCCAUCUUCUUCCCGGCAGCCACUGGCAUUCUAGCCGGGGCCAACAUCUCAGGAGACCUCGCUGACCCGCAGCUGGCCAUCCCCAGAGGAACCCUCCUGGCCAUAUUGAUCACAGGGAUAGUGUACCUGGGCGUUGCUGUCUCAACAGGCUCCUGCAUUGUGAGAGACGCCAGUGGCAAUGUGAACGACACGGUCAGUGCGCAGUUCAUGGCAAACUGCACGGACGCUUCCUGCAAGUUCGGCUAUGAUUUCUCUUCGUGUAGGAGCAACGCUGGCAGCUGCAAGUUCGGACUCCAAAAUAACUUCCAGGUGAUGAGCAUAGUUUCUGGUUUCGCGCCGAUCAUCACUGCUGGAAUCUUCUCGGCCACUCUGUCCUCCGCUCUGGCCUCGUUAGUCAGCGCUCCCAAAGUGUUCCAGGCUUUGUGUAAGGACAACAUCUACCCCGGCCUGGGCAUGUUCGCCAAAGGCUACGGCAAGAACAACGAGCCCCUGCGAGGAUACAUCCUGACCUUCGUCAUCGCUCUGGCCUUCAUCCUCAUCGCUCAGCUGAACGUAAUUGCCCCCAUCAUCUCCAACUUCUUCUUGGCUUCCUACGCCUUGAUCAACUUCUCCGUGUUCCACGCUUCACUGGCUAACUCCCCAGGGUGGCGUCCCAGCUUCAAAUACUACAACAUGUGGGUGUCUCUGGCCGGAGCCAUCCUGUGCUGCGUGGUGAUGUUCGUCAUCAACUGGUGGGCGGCUCUGCUCACCAACGUCAUCGUGCUGGGCCUGUUCAUCUACGUCAGCUACAAGAAGCCAGAUGUGAACUGGGGCUCCUCCACCCAGGCGCUGACCUACCACCAGGCCCUCACACACACUCUGCACCUCAGCGGAGUGGAGGACCACGUCAAGAACUUCAGACCCCAGUGUUUGGUGAUGACGGGAUACCCCAACUCUCGACCCGCCCUCCUGGAUCUGGUCUACAGCUUCACCAAGAACGUGGGCCUGAUGAUCUGCGGUCACAUCCGCACGGGCUACAGGAGGCCCAACUUCAAAGACCUGGCCAACGAUCAGGCGCGGUACCAGCGCUGGCUCCUGAAGAACGAGACCAAGGCCUUCUACACGCCAGUGUUUGCAGAGGACAUGAGGCAGGGCACUCAGUACCUGCUGCAGGCUGCGGGUCUGGGCCGCCUGAAGCCCAACAUGCUGGUGAUGGGCUUCAAGAACGACUGGAGGGAUGGAGACAUGAUGAACGUGGAGACCUACAUCAGCAUGAUCCAUGAUGCCUUUGACUUCCAGUUUGGUGCUGUUAUUCUGCGCCUGAAGGAGGGGCUGGAUGUGUCACAUAUCCAAGGACAAGAUGACCUGCUGUCCUCGGCGGAGAAGUCCUCGGGGAUGAAGGAUGUGAUCGUGUCCAUCGACACCAGCAAGGACUCUGACGCAGACUCAUCCAAACCGUCCUCCAAAGCCACCAGCCUGCAGAACAGCCCCGCCCUGCAGAAAGAUGAAGAGGACGACGGCAAAGCUCCGACUCAGCCCCUGUUGAAAAAAGACAAGAGGAGCCCGACCAUGCCGCUGAAUGUGUCCGACCAGAGGCUGCUCGAGGCCAGCCAACAGUUCCAGCAGAAGCAGGGGAAGGGCACGGUGGACGUGUGGUGGCUGUUUGACGAUGGCGGUCUGACCCUGCUGAUCCCCUACCUGCUGACCAACAAGAAGAGGUGGAAGGACUGCAAGAUCCGCGUCUUCAUCGGAGGAAAGAUCAACAGGAUCGACCACGACCGCCGAGCGAUGGCCACGCUGCUGAGCAAGUUCAGGAUAGACUUCUCCGAUAUCACCGUGCUGGGAGACAUCAACACCAAGCCCAAGAAGGAGCAUGUGGCUGCGUUUGAGGAGUUAAUCGAGCCGUAUCGGCUGAAGGAGGACGACAUGGAGCAGGAGGCGGCCGAGAGGCUGAAGGACAGCGAGCCCUGGAGGAUCACCGACAACGAGCUGGAGCUGUACCGCGCCAAGACCAACCGUCAGAUCAGACUCAACGAGCUGCUGCAGGAGCACUCAAGCACGGCCAACCUCAUUGUCAUGAGCUUGCCGCUGGCCAGGAAGGGUGCCGUGUCCUCCGCCCUGUACAUGGCCUGGCUGGAGGUGCUGUCCAAAGACCUACCCCCCAUCCUGCUGGUGCGCGGCAACCACCAGAGCGUCCUCACCUUCUACUCUUAAAGACACACAGACACACACACACACACCAAGUUUUAAGAAACACAAUAAUAAGUCUCACAUCCACUUCUGCCUCUGGGAUCAGACCCACACACACAUCCCAGCUCCAGCCCACUGACGGAAACACUGCUGGUAAUAUGAAUAGAGAUGAAGGAAGUGAUCGAAACCCUGCGAUGGAUGGGGUGGGGGGGGGAUGGUAGUUGUAAGCUUGCCCACUCUGCUCCUCUCUUUCUAUUUAUUCUCCUUUUCUUUUCUCUCAUGAAAGUUGAUUUCUCUCAGGCUCACGAUUAUGAUGUCACAGUUGUUGAUUUGGACCAGCUGUUUUUGGUUUGUGAUGCAGCAAUGAUCACCCUGUUGUCAUCCUUUUUUACAUUGGGAAGAACCAUGCUUAGCAACACCUCCUAAAGCCUUAUGGAUGUGCCUUCCAGUUAAAUCAGACGGAAAAUGGAUUUAAUCUCUCUCCAGAUUGACGAUAUUACUUCUUAUAUUAGUGCAUAGUUUUAUUGAGUUUUAAAUGUGUCCUUCUUAGACGGAGCAUUGUUUUUAUGCGAGUGGAUUGCAAGGGUUUAAUGAAGGGUGUCCACUUGUUUUCAGAAAGACUUUUAACCCUAAUCAAUAUGUUAUUUCGGGCUGUGGCGUUUUUUAUAUUUUAUUCUCUUACAAGUCUUCCCUUUUUUGAAAGCAGCGACGCAGUUUUAUCUUUUAGUUCACGGCGCCUGAACGUGUUUAUAAUGUGAGAUGUUGUCCGUCAGAAAAGAUGUGAACCUGGUUCUCCAUCGGCCCAUGUAGCUGCUGUCUCUCUCUCUGCAUCUCUUGUGUCCUUCCCCUGAAAACGAUUCACCCAGCGAGUUUAUCUUUGCCUUAACGCUAACGAUUGUCACGAUUCCUGUUUAUAAGCCAUACUGGCUGGACGGUUUGUGGGAGAAUGCAGACGGAGAUCCAUGGGUGUCACGUUCUGAGAGUGUUUCAGCACAACUGUAUAUGCAUCUUUAUUUAGCCCCCCCCUGCAUUAGUCUGUUACAUGCUUACUGUAGGUGCCACAGUAGCACUCAUGCCUGUGUGUAUGUAUGUGUGUGUGUGUGUGUGUGUGUGUGUGAUGGACAUUCCUACCGAGCCGAGCUGGGCAGAGUGAAUGAACACGCUUCACACUGGAAGACUUGCUGGCAGGAAGAAUGUGACGUCAGAAUGUGCUGAGUGAACAUAUACCUCUAUGCAUAUGAAGCUUGUGUUGCAGACGUGUAAUAAAUGUCCAUGUGAACGGAUCUGCUCGCCUCAGUUCAUAUAAAGGUCACGUUUAGGCUUGUUGAAGGGUACCAUAAAGCCACAGCACAACUUAAAUAGGUCACAUGUUCCCCCUGUUUCUGUCACACUCACCGAAUAUUGACUUGGCGAGAGGGCGGGGAUUAUUUUCAGAUAACCAGGCCUUAUUAAAACUGGUUCCUGCUCUUACUAAACAAACACUUCCUUUGAGUGUGUUCUCAAGACGCUGAAUGUGAAGUCGUGUAAACUCUGUGGUUGCACGUUGACCCCGGGCCGACCAAAUUAAAAGCAAAGACACAUCAGGGUGAAUUAAAAUGCCCCAAAAAGAUCAAAUUCACGGGGGAAAAAAGGUAGACAUUGGUCUGUUUUGAAAUGGAUUCCCGGCUGUAAUGAUGUGCUGUGCAGGCUUUGAAGGAGAUGCAACAUGGACUAUUGAGACAAACCCUUCAUUUGCAUGGACCAACACACCCUAACCUGAAGUGGUACUGACACUGAUGUUCAUUUUGAGCCCAUUAUCCUGCAAAUUGAGUGUUAAAGAGCUCCCGUGUAUUCCCCAUAGCUCCCCUGUUGGCAGCCGUUAGCAGGGGAGUGAGAAUAGAUUCAAACUGCACCCCAAUUCAGAAGGAAAGCUUUAUCCUGAGAUAGAAACUGCCACUCAACAAAUGGAUCGAAACAGGGUUUUUUCAUUUCUAAUGUACGUGUGUGUGUCCCAGAGACGGGCAGUUUGAUCCGUUAGCUUCGUGUAGCUUCUGUAUGGAGUGAGGACAUGCUUAGGUUAGCUGACUCUACUGUAUAAUAUGUACACUACCGCUCGCCGUUAGCUCUUUUUGUUUUCAUCAUGUAGAUGAAGUGUUUUGAUCUGUGUGUGUGUGUGUGUGCGUGUGUAUCAGCUUCAUUGUGCUGUUAGCAUUCAUACAGCUGCACCGCCAGGACUCUGAUAUCUAUGUAUGCAUGUGAUGUGAUUCAUGCAUCCAGUACAGACACUACCGACACACACAUGCUCAUUGAAAGCAUGCUGGGAGAGCAACUUUUGCAGUUCCCUGAUCACUUAUAGCGUGCUACAGCCACCCCUAGCACACUGUUAGCAUUAGCGUAGAGGAGAGCCAGAGACAAUUAGACUGAAUUAACCUUUGACCCUUUUGAGUUUCAAGUCUAUGUGUUUUUAGGCUGUGAAAAGGACAUGAAACUUGACCUAAACUAGGGACUAAAAGUCAAGAUAUUUCUACCUCUGCUGCUUUGGUACUCCCCUCAAAACAACUUAUGGAAACCCAACAAACUUUAGUAAAUUUACUGCUAAACCGAUUCACUGUCAAUCUGCUUCUUCAAUCAGUGCAGCACUUCCUGUACUUGCUGUCCACUCCUGGGACAGCUAACAAACCAACAGUGAGCGCUAGUGGCAGACUCUGGCUCUAGGGGGCGCUGUGGUGCACUAUAACACAAUCUAGUAUAAGGUCCAUUCAUUCCAGUCCUCCUCACUGUUACAGGAAAACAAAACCAGAACACGGGUUCCUCUAUAUUUGUAUAUUAAAGAAUAUAUAUGCCUCUAUAUAUACACACAUAUAUAAAUGUAUUAGUGUGACCUGGAGGGGGUCUCUGUCUGUCUUGAAUAAGAGACCUCCUUAGCAUUUUACAGCUGAAUUAUAGUGUCUGUAGAAACCUGUUACAUGAUUUCCUAAAGAUGAAUGGAUUUUCUUUUUGCCAAAGCCCCCCCCCCCCCAUGACACUGCUGUCCACACUGCAGACUCCUAACUAACCUGUAAAUACACUUCUUAGUCUCUUGGCGUACAUUAAGGGAGUAAUUAUGUCGAAUUUCAACGUGGAGAAAGAUAUUUAUUUUAGUUCAGGAUUUUCUCCACAGAAGUAGAUUUUUUUUUCUGGUUUUUGGUUGUAAGUUAAUUUGCAUGUUGAUUUUUAAUUUUCUCUGUCUUAUUGUUCCGUUGCCUUUUUUGAUUUUUAGCAAAUUGUGUCUUUUUUCUUCUCUCUUUUUGAGUCUUGUGUAUUUCUAUCUUUUUGGAUGCUUUUUGACAAAAAGAGACAUCCGUUCAAAAGCAGAUCGAAGCUGUUCUCCUGGAUGGAAUCGACCCGCCGGUUAAAGCAGUAAUGUUUUAUACACUGUACUGUUAACGGCCACAGAUAUGCUUUUUCUAACAUUUUAACAUUUAUGAUUAACAAUACUUUGUACAUCUUUAUUGCAAUAAAUAAAUCAAAUGAAAUCAGAACAA